GGACUCUAAAGUGCAUUUUAUUCAGUAUAAGAAAGAGGAAGAAUAAGUGACUUGGUAUAGAAAAAUAACAUAUUUUUGCCAUAACUUGUGAUAUUAUUUUCGAAGACAGAGAUCAAAAUCUUAUUCCAUGACAAGAGAUUCAUUGUAUGGAUACAGUGAUAGAAACUAUUUUGAGUAAUAACAAGUCUCUAACAACAUAUAAACUUCUUAUCUCAAAAGAAAGGAAGCAAUGACUUUCAUUAUUAGACAGUGGAUCUCAUGCCACGUGUUGAACGGAAAUCGAUAGAGCAAUUUCUCAAUUCCACGUGGCAACUUAAUGGUGACUUUUAUACUCUAAACACGUUUCGACGAGAUCGACGUAACAGAAUGAGAGUUAUACAAUGAAAGGAUUGCUUGUUGAAAGAGACAUUUCUAACGAAUGAAACAUAUCUCUCGACAUAUCUCGCGAUGUUCUUUGGACCUAAGUGCGUUAGAAGAGUCACAAAAGGAAAACCUGGACGGGAAGGAAAAGAAUUGUGUCUUUACACGCGAGAAACGAACGACACCACCUUCUAUAUCCACGAAAGAAAUAGAAAACGUUCUCAACCUCUUCCUCUCGUACGACCAAGAUAAAGAUGGCAAAAUAUCUAUCCAACAGCUGAAAGAAUUGUUAUCUACACUGUUUAGCGAAGGAGACUUGGAAGAUUUGUUUGCUCAACUUUCUGUAGAUAGUUUGUAUAGCAGUGGUAUUAUUGAUUGGAUCGAAUUUUUGUUGGGCUAUGGUCAACUUGUUGCUCGAACGCGUUCUUGUUCAGAAAACAACUAACUUUAAUAAAUAGACUCAUUGUUUUUUCCUAAUCUAUUCUGCUUUUAUGAUACA